AUGGCUCAUCUCAAAGCGUUCCAUCAUCAUGGUGGGAACCAACUGUACCAUCAAAUCAAGCCGCUCUCAUCAUUUGGAGCGUAUCCUUUGGAGCCAUGGUGUAUCAAUGAGUUCGACACCUCUGAGAGUCUGUUUGGCCAAGAGACUGCCGUCAUACCCAGCGUCUCAGGAAAGCCACAAGCAUUUGACGAUACCUUGUUACCACCACAAGAAGAGCGGGCAGACGAAGAAAGCCUUGAGCCCAUCCAGUCAAUCUUCAACCAGAAACUCAGCCCGCCGCCCUCUCCGAGUGCCCGUGUCGACGGUGUUUGCGACCCGCUCUGCCUAGGCACCAUCACUGAUUGCAGGGAGGGCUGUCAUUGUGUUCUUGGCGAAUGCGCGUUCGCUGACACGACACUCUACGGCAAUGCGCCUAGCCCUCCGUUCGUUGAUUCAAACGACCGAGAAGAGAUUGGGCUUGGUAACUGGGACGAAACAUUUUUCAGAGUCGCGUCUGAUAUUGCAUUAUCGGACUUUGACAUACCGACACGUCCUGCGAGACAAAGUCCGGUCCUAAAGACUCAAAAGUAUAGGAAAGCACAGAAGAAAAGGCAACGUGCUAGGAGACAGCCGAAGGUGCGGCAUGGCCGAAACUCCCGUGUCCGUAUCCUCAAGGUAGAGCUAGGAAGUGGAGAGAAAAUGCAGGUAUUUCAGUGGAGAAGAGGGAUAUGGAACAGCUCAAAUGAGGGCCAGCACAAGAAUCCGAUCGAUCUCAUGACUCCUGGAGCUUGGACGCAUCUUUCUAUUACUAUCCAAGCAGAUGGGAGGUCCAGACCCUUGAAUGUUAAUUGGUGUCACAAGACGUUGACGUUCUCUGUAGUGAACACUACAACUGGCGAGGUCGCCUACUUGUCCAAAGACCAGGUUCAAGAUAUGGUGGAGGAAGUUGCAGCGGGAAGCAUAGUUCAUUGGGAUCUCUUGUCGACGGAUCACUAUGUUUGA